CAGUAGGCCCUGGGGUUGGAGUGGCCGUAGCUGGAGUGGUGCCAGCCCGUCAUGGAUGACCGGAGCCAGCCGCCUGCCUUCCGUCUUCGAGGCAGAGCCACAGAGAGACCAGCUGCAGCCGUCCUGGCCUCCCUCUGGCCCUGAGAGCUCCCCUGGCUUGCCCCAAGCCUCGCCUUCCCAAGCGCAGACUUCGCGCUCCGAACGGGGAGACCAGGCUUCUGCACCGGAAACAAAACACCGGUUGUGACGUCACAGCUGCAGAGCGCCCGGCCUCCCAGAAGGCACUGCGUUCCUGGCGUCCUCAACUGGCGGCGGCGCCCACGAAUAGUCACCGCGGCUUGUGAGGGCGCUCGGAAGGGCGAGGGGAGGGCUUGGCCGCUCGCGCCUAGUUUUCCUGUCUCUCCCGGAACCUGAGUCUCUGAGCCGUCCCCAGCGAAUGCUCAGGGAUUGCAGAGGCCCCGAGAGGUGAGGGGCUCUUUCAGGGCGGGAACCAGGCUGAGGGCGCCUCUGGGGAGCCGAGCGUGUACGUUGCUGAGGGAGCAAGGCGGGAUAGGGAGCCUGGUAAGCGCCUCAGGCAGGGGCGCCCGCUGGGCUUAAUGGUAAAGGUGUUCCUUUACCAGCGGAGAGGCCCCAGAGUGACCCUGGCCCGGAGGGCCCUAGUGGGAUGUCGUCUGCCGCUCUCAGCAGAGCUUUGACGCCGGAGAGCAGUCGGCAGGCGGUGCGUGGACCCCUCCUUGGCCUUGCGUCUGCUCCCCGGGAGAGUCACCAACCGCCUCCGCCUCACAAAGGGCAUCGGAGGGAGCUUCGGUCCGAGGGCUUGGCUCUCUAGCAGGUUUCUUCCAUAAGAGGUAGCUCUGGAGGCCCCCAGAAACGAAUGUGGUGUGUGUUUGCAAGGCAUGAUGGCUGCAAAAGUGGUUCCUAUGCCCCCAAAGCCAAAGCGGUCAUUUAUACUGAGAGUUCCACCAGACUCCAAGCUGGGCCAAGACCUACGUCGGGAUGCCACUAAUGGGCCCAAGACCAUCCACCAGCUAGUGCUGGAGCACUUCCUCACCUUCUUGCCCAAGCCAAGUCUGGUCCAGCCCAGUCAGAAAGUCAAGGAGACCUUGGUUAUUAUGAAAGAUGUGAGCUCAAGACUUCAGAACAGAGUGCAUCCUCGUCCCUUGGUGAAGCUCCUGCCUAAAGGAAUCCAACAAAAACAAGAGACAGUGUCUCUGUGUUUGAAAGCUAACCCUGAGGAGCUGGUGGUCUUUGAGGAUUUGAAUGUAUUUCACUGCCAGGAAGAAUGUGUGAGCCUAGAUCCUACUCAACAACUCACCUCAGAGAAGGAAGAUGACAGCAGUGUCGGCGAGAUGAGGUUACUGGUCAAUGGCAGUAAUCCUGAAGGUGAAGAUUCUGAGAAGGAAUCUAUAGAAAAUGAAGAUAAUAGAGAAAAGUCUUCAGAUGAUGAUGAAAUGGAUUCUUCAUUGGUCUCUCAGCAGCUUCUAGAUAACCAGGAAAAGGAAAGACUAAAUACAUUCAUUCAACAGAAAAGGAAAAUGAGAAAUCUAUUAGUUACCAUUGAGAAUGAUACUCCCCUAGAGGAACUCUCAAAAUAUGUAGACGUCAGUAUUAUUGCACUUACUCGAAAUCGGAGGACAAGGAGGUGGUACACUUGUCCACUGUGUGGGAAACAAUUUAAUGAAAGUUCUUACCUUAUUUCCCACCAGAGGACUCACACUGGAGAAAAACCCUAUGACUGUAGUCACUGUGGGAAAAGCUUCAAUCAUAAAACAAAUCUCAAUAAACAUGAACGGAUUCAUACAGGAGAGAAACCUUAUUCCUGUUCUCAUUGUGGGAAAAAUUUUCGUCAGAAUUCUCAUCGGAGUCGUCACGAAGGAAUCCAUAUAAGGGAGAAGAUAUUUAAGUGUCCAGAAUGUGGGAAAACCUUCCCAAAGAAUGAGGAAUUUGUGCUUCAUCUGCAGAGUCAUGAGGCUGAGAGACCAUAUGGUUGCAAAAAAUGUGGGAGAAGAUUUGGUCGGCUGUCAAACUGUACCCGGCAUGAGAAAAUCCACUCAGCCUGUAAGACACAAAAGCAGAAGUAAUAUUGGGAAAGAUUUGAUGAUGCUUCCCCAACCUGAGAGCUGUCAUAAUGAAUUCCGAAUUCCCAAGCUGCCUAAAAAGAUACAAAUAUGUAGGCUGGGCUCUGUGGCUCACACCUGU